UGUUCAGUUCAUUUAUGACACACACGUUUUAACACACUCAUUUUAACACACACUCUUUAAUAUUCAGUUACUUUAUGACACUCUUUUUAGCAUGCACUCAUUUUAACUCACUCUUCUUUCACCACGCACUCUUUUAAAACACACUCCUUUUAACACACUGUUUUUGACACACUUCUUUUAACACGCUCUUUAAAACACACACUCCCAACAUUCACUUCCUUCAAAGCGCACUUUUCAACUUCAGGCUGCUUGUAAUGAGCGCUCCUGCUACGCUGCGAUUCGAGCGGGGGAUAAGAGAGUCUGUCGCCUGUCGCUGACGCCCCGUCGGCUCCUGCGGCGCGGCCGAAUCGACGCGUAACAGAGCUUUCGUUUUCGAGCGUCCAAACAUUCAUCACCCGCGCACGGGCCGUGGCGGCUGGGCUUGGAACUCAGUGAUGUUGGAGGCCGAAAUGUCAGGCAGAGCACAGCUUUUAUAAGCGAAUAGUGUGCGUAUUAUUGUAACACCCGGUUGUGAGUAGUCAUUGGUAGUUAUUGUUCUGCGUUCACUGCUGUGGCCUAUUGGUAGGUGAGGCUAAGCUAAUAGCUUCGGUCGCCCACCCCUAGGGACUGUGGUGUUUGAAUGCGGCCUACCUGAAGUUUUGGCAUUGGGAGUAAUUUAGUGCACAUAAGGUGCUUUGGAUAGCAGUGUCUGCUAAGUGAUUGUGUGAGUGUGAUGUAAUGGGAGUUCUCUGCUGCUUUCCUUGUGCAAUUACAAUUGGUCAUUUGUAACUUUUUGCAAAAAAGUGUGUGUUCAAUUUCGGAUACAUGGUAAAUAAGCAAGAAUAUUUGUAUGAGUUGUUCAGCGCUAGUGACACUGCUCUGUUCAUGCUCUUUGACACCAUAUUUCGACAUUCACAACUGCCGCAUCACAUAAAGAGGUUUGCGCUUAACAGGAAGUCAGCAAAACCACACUGCAGCCAAACAGGAAGUGACGGGUCCUUCGUUGGGCCUUUUUCUCUUCCUCUUUUCUCUUUCAUUCGCCUGUGCCAGAUGCAACAAUCUGUCCAUCUUAAACAUUGGAUUUUUUCAAUAAGUGGUAGAACUGCUCUCAGGACUGAGCUGGUGUGAAACCUGUGGACAGCUGACUUCCUCUUGGGUGCGUUUGAUUCUCUGGAGACUGGUUCCGAACCCCAUUGCUCAGGGGUAGAGCGGGUUGCCCAGUGUUUGGCGAGAGACCUGGGCAAACUGAGCAGGGGGCCAAACCCUAAAAGGCUGCGUGACGUGUGUUAGCCAGAGGAGAGGAGAUGGAUCAGGCCCCUGCAGCGUGUUUCGAGCAGAAGAGAGACCCUGGGGAUCUGGAAGUCUUUCAGGGCGAAACCAGGACGAUAAUCCAGCCGGCGUCUCUGAAGAACCCCAAGCUCGAGGAGCUGAAAGAGAUCCUCGUCGGCUGGAUCAACAGCGCUCUGAAGCGAGAGCACAUCGUGGUGCAGAGCCUGGAGGAAGACCUUUACGACGGCCUGGUGCUCCACCACCUCCUGGCCCAGCUGUCCGGCGUGCGCCUGCCCGUGGAGGAUAUAGCCGUGACGGGGGAGGCGCAGCUGCACAAGCUCCAGCUCGUCAUGGAGGCCCUGAACCAGAACCUGGGCCCGCCGGAUCAGACCGCCCGCAAGUGGAGCGUGAAACUCAUCCACGACAAGGACCUGCUGGCCACUCUCCAUCUCCUGGUUGCCAUAGUGAGGCGAUUCCAGCCCGAUCUGGCCCUGCCCUUGGGCGUCAGCGUGGAGGUGGUCCUGCUGGAGGUCAGCAAGGCUGGGAUCAAGUCCGAGAAACAGGUGGAACACGUUACUGAACCAAGCGAUUCAGCAGACGGCUCGUCAGCCACUCCAAAACACGGAGACCCCAUUGAGCAGCUCAUGAAGCUGGACUGCCACAAAAUCAACACGGUGACGCAGGCCAUCCUUCACUUUGUCAACAUGAAUGUGUCCACCUUGGGACUGCAGGUGACGGACGUGGAGAAGCAGUUUGCGGAUGGAGUCAUUCUGCUCCUGCUGCUUGGACAGUUGGAGGGAUAUUUCAUACCUUUGUGUGAAUACUACCUCACUCCCACCAGCAAGUCUGAAAUGCUCCACAACGUGACUCUAGCCUUGGACCUCCUCAAUGACCAGGGACUGCAGAUCCCCAACAUCGACCCCCAAGAUAUCGUCUCCGAGGACCUUACUGCCACACUGAAGGUCCUGUACGUCCUGUUCAAGAAGCACAAGAGCCAGUGAACGCCAUGGAAACAGCGGAGGAGAAGGAACCUGGGAACGGAAAUAGACAUCGCUGCACACCGCAAUUUAACUUCUGCUCCUUCCCAAACGUUACCCGGCCAACUCCACCUCUCUUUCUCUCCCUCUCUGAUCUCUUUCUCUCCCCCUCCCUCCCUCCCUCCCUUCCUCCCUCACUCUGUCUCCUACCUAAUCAACCAGUUGUUUGGUUAAUCUGUUAAUCUCGUUGUGUGUUUGGAGUUAAUCUGCUCUUGCUCAGAGAGAGCUGCAUUGUGCCAACAGCAAUUAGGAGCCGGCUUAACCUGGUUCAGCAUUAGCAAAGCUCGAUCCGGCUGUCUCAUUCGCUCUUCACCCGGAUUAAACAGGCGGGUGCAACCCGUCCGCGGAAACAGGGAUGCGCUCAGUCGCGCGAGAAAGCUGCUCCAGUCGACCGCAAACUUCAAGGACUUUUUGCACGUGCGCUGGAGGUCAAACAUUCGCUUUGUUUCCGCAGUCGAAUGAGGGUUUAUCCCCCUCAAACUGCGAUUUUCACUUCAUUCAACACAACAGGCGAUACGGUGUAGCCUCUUGGUGUAUAGAAUGUGUACUUAAGAUUUUAGCGUACACUAGUGCUUUAGCAUGUAAUUUGGUUCAGGCAGUAUUGUUCAUAUUAAUCCGAAGAAUGCAUUUCUGUGUCUUCUACAUUGUAAGAUGCUGUAGAUGAGAGAAUCUGGGUGAACGUGGUGUAAUAUAAUGCAAUGAGGCCUGCCUCUCAAACAAGACUCCACAGCAGCAUGAGACGUUCUGCAAUAAGAUAUGCAGUUGCACUCUUUGGCCACACGAUGGCACUCACGACUUCAGUAGUGCACAGUUCUUGUGAACUUUGCGGGUUAAAACAAGACAGAAACGUGCUGCAACCUUAAAAAAUGUAAGUUUGCAGCUUUAAGGUUUAAAAAUAGUAGCUGAGUCUCCUCUUGAUUUUAUAACUAAAACAAAAUUUAUUCCUGAAAAGAAAGCCUAACUGUUCUCAGUUUCUAGAUUAAUAUGCAGUGUAGAACUAAGCUUAUCAUCAAGUUAUCCCAAGGUAUGUUUAGCAAGAUACUCUUUUAGUUCACAUGCCAUCUUGAGUCAAGUCACUUUCUGUUAUUUUUUGCAAAUCAUCUGGCCUGCGUUAGUUUAUUAAAACAUCAUCACCGCCUCCCAAUAUUCAAUCAACAUUUGUCCUUAUCUUUCACUUGCAAGUCAAAAUGAAACUUUUCCUCCCUUUGUUUUUGAGUAUGAAUGAAAGGAAAUGUUGAUCGAUUCAAAUCAUUCCCCACCGCUGUGCAUGAUACAUUGGUUAAUGUUUAUGUUUUAAAUGCUUUUAAUGUUUUAAAGCACUCGGUCUGUGAUUUCUUGGUCUUUUUUCAGUUUUCCAUGAUUUUCAACAACUUUGCCCUGUGUAGUGUAAAAGUUCCUGCUUCACACUGCUAGAAAUCGCCGUGGAGAUCAAAUCACCCAUUGUGAUGUCAUUCUUGCCUGUGCAGUCACCCAUUGUGUCCUUGACGUUCUAUAAUUAGCUACAGCUGUUUCUCCUAAGCUCUACCUGUCUAGGUAUUUAGUAAUUUGGUAUUUUGGUCUCAGCUGUGUUUCAUUAGUUUAUCAGUGCAUUUGAGUCUCUCAGUUUCCUGCAGUUGUUGCGUGGUCUCAGAGCCAGUCUUCCAAGCCUUAUAGUUUUUGUGUUGACCUUUUCCAGUUUUUUUUUUUUUUUUUUGAGUAUGUUUUAAGUAAAGUUCAUCUGCGUUGAAACUUG